AUGAGUAGCUCCAACAUGCCCACUGGAGCGCCUGGAUUCGCGCCACGACGGUCUUCUUAUGCCUCGGUCGUGUCUGGCAUACCCGCAGGAAAUCAAUACCCCCAGAUCCUGAGAUCUGGAGCUUUCUCUCACUUGACCAACCCAGACGCGGACCUAGGCUACGAUUCUACCUAUCAACACUCAGGUGGAUACCCACGAACCGAUCCUCGAGCCUACGAUAUGGAUUUCAUGGCAAACUGGGGAACACACACGCGGUCUGGGUCUUGGGGUCGUGGUGGACAGCUCCCGAGUUUCUCGAGUGCGUUUGGACCUCUCAUGAACGGGCAUGGCUUUGGGACUCUUGGUGGUGGACAUCCGGACCAUUUCUUCACACCGUCGUAUCUAAAGGGAUCGAAAUAUGUUCAGAGACUGGAGGAGGCGCACAAGGCGAAGAUGGCGGCGCAAAAGGACGGUCACUCUGCGCACUCUUCUCAACCGGGCUCCCUCUCGACGAGUGCUAGUAGUAUAAAUCUACAUACGAAGAUGGCCCCUUCACACCGGGGUAUGACCUAUGAUCUGAUAGAGAAGGCACCCCCGGUGGAUGACGAUACGCUGGCGCCUCUGCCGACCAAGUGGAAUAGUCAGGACAAGUACGGAGGGUUGGAGGUGUUGUCCGACGGACAGGAAGUCAAGUUCACAGGGCCGAAACCCGAUAGGGAACGAGAUCUUGAAGCUUGUGCCAUACGAGCGGAUCAUCCUAUGCCUCCCCAGUGCGGAAUCUACUACUUCGAAGUGACUAUAAUUUCGCGGAAGAGAGAAGAAAGUUCUAUUGGGAUUGGAUUUUCCACUAAAAACGUACCGUUAUCGAGGCUACCUGGUUGGGAACCAGAAUCCUGGGCCUACCAUGGAGAUGACGGACACUCGUUCUGCUGUAAUAGCUCAGGUAAACACUAUGGGCCACCCUUCAACGCUGGAGAUAUAAUAGGAUGUGGAAUAAAUUUCAGAACGAACUCGGCAUUUUUCACAAAGAAUGGAGAUCAUCUAGGUACCGCCUUCCGUGAUAUCAACAAGGAGAAACUAUAUCCUUCGAUCGGCAUGAAGAAGGCCGGAGAGCACAUACGAGUAAAUUUUGGUCAAAGUCCAUUUGUCUUUGAUAUGGAUGGCAUGAUGUCGGCAAGUAAUAAUUUCCUUUAUCCCUCAACCCCUCCGGCUCCUGGCUCUGGCGAGGACAACCCUCCUGAUGGAUCGAAUGGCGCUGCUACUAUGAGUGACGGCAUAACUACCUUGAAUGAUACGGGAAUGCUCAAUGCGCAACAUUUUUUCGUGCGUGAUCAGCAAAAUUUAUCACAAAGUGAGGAGGACAUCGAGAAAGAUGAGGAGGACGAAUACGAUGAUAUGCCUCCUCUGGUUGAGGCUUCUGCAACGCCAGCCCCGCCGAACAAUGAGCAACAGUCUCAAAUCUUCCCCAUAUUUACGAAUCGCUCUGGGCCCCUAUUCUCUGUCCCAUCGAUACCUUCUUUUCCGCAAUCGUUGACGCUAAGAUUGGUGAAUGUCACCAGGCCGCCUGUGACAAGGUCGGCAACAAUGACAGAAGUUCACACCGGUCCACCGUCUUCUACCAGCCUUACAGCCCGCGCCACAACCUUCCUCGAAACCGUUGGUGCCGCAGGAGAUACAGAUCAUAUCAGGAGGAACAGAACAAUUCUUCACUUGGGUCUGGUGCGACGAGAUGCACAGAACAUGCCCCUAGAACCAGAUGAACGGCUGCUGCUGCAAUUGGCCGCUACUGCUGAUCAGGCACGAGCAUCAAUUCCCGGAGAGGCCGACUUCAGAACUGCCUACUUUAAUUUUCGAUCACUCGAACGCAUCGUGGAGAUGAUUAGAGACCGAGUCUGGAUAGCUCGGUCCGGUGCUGGAAUCCAACAUGCAGAUCACGAACCCAUUCUUUCAGCCUACGCGCCGAGCCCACCACCAAGCUGGGAGGGCCAAACACUUGCGCGACGGAGGGCAAUGAGCAUCAAUGUAAAUCAGCAAAGACAACAGCGGCAAUUAGCUCCAGCUGCUGAGUUGGUAGGAGAUGAUGCACAGUCGACUGGCCUUCUCGCACGAAACCCAUGGGCACCGGCUGGAAGUGAUCAGUAUCCCGCUCCAUUCGAGGGAAGGCUGUCUGACGGCAGGAACAUCGAGAUUGGUCUGGCUGGAAACGACUUAUAUGUCAGCACCUUCAAUUCGACGACACCAAAUGAACCAAGUGGCAACAUUUUCGGACGCGUUUCACAGAACUCGCCACAGCCAGCCAGGAGAUUACUGGAGGGGCAAAUAAACAUGUCUUCGGUGGCUGACUCUCAGAAACAGCUAGAAAAGAAGCAAAUCAAACAACAGAUUGAGAUGACCAGUACAGCAAAUCUUGCGCCUCCCUUGAGUGAAACGGACUUGAUCCAAUCAUUGGUCCUUCAAUUCCUUUCCCAUGAUGGCUAUGUCGAGACAGCCCGAGCCUUCGCGGAAGAAAUAUUCGAAGAGAAGAAGGCUCUAAAUUUGGAUCCUAGCGAGAUUAUACAGGGGCCCGACGUGAAAGAAGACGAAGACGCGGGCCAUCGUCAACGGAUACGGAAGGCUGUUCUGGAAGGCGAUAUUGAAAAGGCAUUCAAACAUGCGCACGCUUUCUAUCCCAAUGUUCUGAAGGACAACGAGCAUGUCUCAUUCCGACUGAAAUGUCGAAAAUUCAUCGAAAUGAUUCGCCAAGGUGCCGAAAUGCAGAACUCUUCCCCGUCGAAUGGCGCUCGGAGGAGCACUGGUCAUAACGGAGACUGGUACGAUGAUAUUAUCAACCACGACAUGGAUUUGGACGACCAUCAAAGCCAGAGCAACAGCAACUGGGACCGGAUGGACACGGAAGAAUCGUCCGAGAAUCAGACGGAAUACCAUCAGCUUUUGCAGGACACACUAGCAUACGGCCAGCUACUUCAAGCAGAGUACAAGGAUGACCCGCGAAGAGAAGUUCAGAAAGCGCUCGAGGAUGCAUUUGCGUUGAUUGCGUAUCAGGAUCCGCUAAAUACCAAGGAAGUAUCACACCUGCUUGAUCCCUCUGGUCGAGCUGCAGUCGCGGAAGAACUGAAUUCUGCAAUCCUGCUCUCUUUGGGCAAGUCUUCAACCGCUGCUCUCGAGAAACUCAUUCAGCAAACUACGAUUCUCCUUGAAGAUCUUGGGGAAGGGGGCGGUCCAGGUGCAUUCGUCAGCAUCGACGAUUUCGUCCACGUUAAGCCGGGCAUCGAGAUGUAG